AAUGACUUCCACCUAGCUCCAGAGGAAGAAAAACAAUACUGCUUCAAACAAGCAACGUCGUUUCAAAGGAGGAAGUUUGUGAGAGCAAGAGAAAACUUUGAGUGUAGCGAUUCAUUCCGCAACAGAUCCAUCAGCGGUGCGGCUGUCAAAUUCGCUCUCGUUGCCGAAGUUGUUUUGUUGGUGUUCAUGUGCAACCGAUGUUGAGAAAUCUAGUGAGAGUGAGAGUAGGCAGUCGGGUGAAUUACACUCUGCGCUCAUAUGACUCAUUAUUUCGAGUAACGAUUUCAAGACUCGUGAUUUCUGGGAACGCGCUUCACCACGUGAAUCGACAAGGGGUCAUACUCCAACAGCUGGAUUGAGUCCUCCAAACAGAAUACCGCCCAAUACAAAAUGAGUGAGCGAUACGUAACGGAAAUACCGAGCAGUUUGAAACAGCUCGCACGUUUUGUAGUGCGCGGUUUUUACACCAUCGAAGAUGCACUAGUCGUGGAUAUGCUUGUUAGGAAUCCCUGUAUGAAGGAGGACGACAUUUGCGAAUUACUCAAGUUCGAGCGAAAAAUGUUACGAGCCAGGAUCUCUAUUCUGAAAAACGACAAAUUUUUGCAGGUCCGGUUAAAGAUGGAAACCGGUCCCGAUGGUAAAGCACAAAAGGUUAACUACUAUUUCAUUAAUUAUAAAACGUUUGUAAAUGUCGUCAAGUACAAGCUCGAUCAUAUGCGAAAGCGUAUGGAGACAGAAGAACGUGAUGCCACUAGUCGCGCAAGUUUCAAGUGCCCUUCCUGUGAUAAGACUUUUACGGAUCUAGAAGCAGACCAACUAUUUGACUUUGCGUCCGGCGAGUUCCGAUGUACGUAUUGCGGAAGUACUGUAGAAGAAGAUAGUUCUGCACUUCCUAAAAAAGAUUCUCGCUUACUGUUGGCUAAAUUCAACGAGCAGUUACAACCGUUAUACGAUCUCUUGAGACAAGUAGAGGAUAUCAAACUGGCUCCUGAAAUUCUCGAACCUGAACCGGUGGAUAUUGAUACUAUAAGAGGUAUUGCCAAACCAACGAACAGAAUUUCCAAUGAACAAUGGUCUGGCGAAGCAACGCGAACCGGUGGGUUCGCUGUGGAAGAAACUCGUGUCGAUGUUACCAUCGGUGAUUCAGAUGCCGUGGAAACAACGACACAACGAAAGGAUCGCCCGGUGUGGAUGACGGAAUCGACUGUCAUCACGAACGAGAUGGACGAAAAUUCGGUAGAAUCAAUUCUCGAAAAGGCUGCAUUUUCUUCCACACAACCACCGGUGGUCACGAACAGUACCAGUGUCAUAUCUUCUGCACGGAAUCGUAGGGAAACUGACGAUAUCAUGUCGGUUCUGUUACAGCACGAGAAACAAAGCUCUCACAGCGCAACGAACGAUGCAAUCAAAGGGUUGGGUUUCAACAACGAACCUAGUAGUGACAGUAGUGAUGACGAGAAAGAUAUUGAUAAUACGGAGAUUCCGACUGUGGAAAUUAUGGACACCGAUUCGGAAGACGACAUGCCAACGGUAACGGUGGCUGGGCGGCCGCAUCCACUGGAUGAGAUCAAUGAUAUGCUGAUAGCGGAAAUGACACCACAGGAGAAAGAAACCUAUAUUCAGGUGUAUCAGGAUCACUUCAGUCAUAUGUACGAUUAGGUGGAACUACGAACAAGGACAUUAAAAAGUUGAAUUUGAAA